UGAUUAUCUAUUGGCGCUGUGAUUUUAACGUUUAUAUAGUUCUUUAUUCUUCUACCUCUCUCUCUCUUGUGAUUUAAUUAUUUAAAGAAAAACUUCAACUCCAAUAGCACAAAGGAUUGUAAAUGGCUUUUUAUUCUUCUGUCCGGUUGCUGAGAAAUACACGGACAUAAAAUAAAUUUGAGUUUAACUUUUUCUUUUUGGUUUGUUCUCAACUGCAAAAUGCCGGCUUGAAGUGAUUUCCAACUUUUUUAUGAUCGGUUUUAAGUGACUUUACCAUUAUUAGGAGCCACAAUUUCGGAAGAUGCCAGAUUUCGGAUUGAUUCUUUUUUCCAAUUCUUUCUUAGUUUUUCUGGGUUACCAAACAAGUGGGGGCACGUUGUCACUUGUGAUUUAUGCUGCUUAGCUAUGUGACAUUUUUCCCCCUUUCAGUGUCAUGUCUUUUCAGGUUUAUUUGCCUAAUUACGUUUUUCGUUUCUUUUCUUCUUGAACUAGGCAGUGCAUAAAGCUGUCAUUGUGGGCGAAAAGCAGCCCUUCUCUUUUAAUUUAAUGGGAUUUUAUUCCUGUAGGUAGUGCGGGAGAAUGUAUAAUAAGCUAGUUUACUGUUUUCAUAUUUCACCUUUGAGGAACCCUUGUUGGUUUUUGCGUCAGUUUUUACCCCUUCAUGUCUCCAGCAUCCACUUUCUGUCGGGCAGUGCAAAUUCAAUCGGUGGCCCAUCGUGUCUGAUGCCAGAUUGGGUUUUGUUUAAUAUGUAUUUCUCAGAAGAAAGAUAAUAAUAUGGAACGGACCAGAGUUAAUAUGAGGUUGCGUUGCUCUGGUUCAACACACUCUGAGGAAUCAGCUCUGGAUCUUGAAAGAAACUGUUGCAGUCAUUCUAUGCCUUCAUUAAGUCCACCAACAAUACAACCCUUUGCAUCAGCUGGACAGCACUGUGAGAGCAGUGCCGCUUACUUCUCAUGGCCAAAUUCAAGCCGACUAAAUGAUGCUGCCGAAGAGAGGGCAAAUUACUUUUCAAAUUUACAGAAAGGGGUGCUACCUGGAACUCUUGGCCGGUUGCCUGAAGGACAGCAAGCGACAACAUUGCUUGAACUCAUGACCAUCAGAGCAUUUCAUAGCAAGAUAUUGCGUUGCUACAGUCUUGGCACAGCAAUUGGAUUUCGUAUUCGACAGGGUGCUUUAACCGAUAUACCAGCUAUUCUUGUUUUCGUAUCCAGGAAAGUUCACAAGCAAUGGCUCAGCCCCAUCCAGUGUCUUCCUACUGCCCUAGAGGGACCUGGUGGUGUAUGGUGUGAUGUGGACGUUGUAGAAUUCUCGUAUUUUGGUGCACCUGAGCCUGCUCCAAAAGAACAAUUAUACACUGAGAUUGUAGAUGAUUUGCGUGGUGGUGAUCCAUGUAUUGGUUCAGGUUCUCAGGUGGCUAGCCAGGAGACAUAUGGAACCUUGGGUGCUAUAGUGAGGAGCCAAACAGGCAACCGGCAAGUUGGUUUCCUGACAAAUCGUCAUGUUGCAGUUGACUUAGACUACCCAAAUCAGAAGAUGUUUCAUCCUCUGCCUCCAACACUUGGACCUGGGGUGUAUCUAGGUGCAGUGGAGAGAGCUACCUCAUUUAUCACAGAUGAGCUUUGGUAUGGUAUCUUUGCUGGAAUAAACCCAGAGACAUUCGUAAGAGCAGAUGGUGCAUUCAUUCCUUUUGCCAAUGAUUUUGACAUGUCCACCGUUACUACAUCUGUGAAAGGUGUAGGAGAAAUUGAUGACGUCAAAAUUAUAGACUUGCAGUCUCCAAUUAGUAGCCUCAUUGGGAAGCAGGUCAUGAAGGUUGGAAGAAGUUCUGGCUUGACCACUGGAACUGUAUUGGCCUAUGCUCUCGAGUACAAUGAUGAGAAAGGCAUAUGCUUCUUAACUGAUUUCCUUGUUGUGGGUGAGAACCAGCAGACUUUUGACCUUGAAGGAGAUAGUGGAAGCCUCAUCAUGUUAAAGGGUGAAAAUGGCCAGAAGCCACGACCAAUUGGAAUCAUAUGGGGUGGAACUGCUAACAGGGGCCGACUUAAACUCAAAGUUGGCCAACCUCCUGAAAAUUGGACUAGUGGGGUUGAUCUUGGGCGCCUUCUCAAUCUCCUUGAACUUGAUCUCAUCACAUCUGAUGAAGGACUCAAAGUUGCAGUGCAAGAACAAAGAGCUAUGUCAGCAACAGCAACAGCAACAGCAAUUGGGUCGACUGUCGGGGACUCCUCACCACCUGAUGGAAUGUUGAUGGACAAAGUUGAGGAUAAAUUUGAACCACUGGGUCUUCAGAUUCAGCACAUCCCACUGGAAGUGGAAGGCAACAGCCCAACAGUGAAACCAUCACUAUUGGAAACAGAAUUUCGUCUGGAAGAUGGGAUCAAUGUGGCUCCCAGUGUUGAGCAUCAGUUCAUUCCAAGCUUCACCCGAUGCUCCCCUCUACAUAAAAAUAAUACACAGUUUAGGGCUGUUUCAGAGAAUCUCUCUUCUUUGAGAAGUGGCGGUGAUGAAGAUAUAUGUGUUUCGUUGCACCUGGGUGACAAUGAUGUUAAGAAGAGGCGUUCAGAUGCUUCAACAAGUGCAGAAGAACCAAAAUGAAUCUGUAUUAUGUCAAAAAUUUCUAACCCUUGAUUACAUGUUUAUGUUGUGUAUAAAUUUCAGCUCAAACAAUGAGCCGGGUCUACUGAAAUCUGGACCAUCAAAGUUAACCCUGGUGAUGAUGCCCUAGAAAUAUUCAUGAAUCCGGAUUCCCUUUGUUAA